AUACUGACCCACAGGGAGCCAUGUGGACGGCUGUGAUCUCCUAGGUCUCAACCUCUGUACAUGGAAGUUUGCCUACAAUGUCACCGACCAAGCAUCAGAAGAGGUGUCGGCCAUACCCCCAAAAAUGGAGGCACUCAAAAUGUGCAGGUACAAGCAGCACCUAGAAUCUUGUUUUGAGCCUAAGUUAGAAGGAUGUACGACCAACGUCGUGUACCUAUCUACUAUUGCUACCACUGAAGGCACCUUACGGUUCAUGUGCGCUGGCGAUCUCGAAGAAUACCUAUCCCACGACAGCUGCUGGUCGCUACCAGAAGUACAUAACAUGACAUCGGAAUGCUAUCUACAGUAUAUUUCCAACAUUCAAGAUAUUUUAGCUUCCCCGAAUCUGUUAUCCGGCCCCAAGCAAAAAGUAAACGACAGCUUUUGCAGCGUGGUGGGCCGGAGUCGAGAAUGUAUGUACGAUGCCAUCAAGCAAAAAUGUUCUGAAGCGUCGGCAAACAUCGUCUACAGACUAAUGGAGACCGUUUUUUGGGAGAUGACAUCAUUGUUUAGUUGUCCGUACAACAAACAAGUCGCCGCCAAAGGUAGAAAGCGAGUGUACCAGCUUUACUAAUGGAGUAAGGGACGGACCUAGCUAACCUUCCUUAAUAGUAAUGCAUGUCGUAUACACAAGUUUAACUAUACCGUGUGUGUCUGUUACAUACGUGUGGCGGUAUACCUUUUAUCAUCAAAAGCAUUCUAAAACUUCAA